CAACACGUUACCCUAUCUUUGUAAUUUGGCCAGAAAAAAUGUUACCCCCCAUUCCCCAACACCACAAUGAAAUUAUCUCUGCUUUCUUUAUCCACCAUUCUCUCUCCUCUUCCUCCUCCUCCGCAACUGCUUCACAAUCAUCGGCGGUCAAUUUUCUUUAAAUCGUUCAAGGUCCGAGCCUCUUCUUCUCCGGCGAACUCCUUCUCGAAUCACCGAGUCGUUGUUACGAGAGAACGUGGCAAAAACGACAAGCUCAUCGCUGCUCUUGCAAAACAUGGGAUCAACAGUUUGGAGCUUCCUCUAAUUCAGCAUACACAGUUGCCUGAUCUUGAGAAACUUGUUUCUCUCUUGAGUGCAGCCACUAGUUUUGAUUGGAUCAUCAUAACAUCACCAGAAGCAGCUCUGGUUUUUCUUCAAGCAUGGAAAGCUGCUGGAACCCCAAAUGUGAAGGUAGCUGCAGUUGGAACUGCUACAGCAACCAUAUUUCAUGAAGCUACACCUCCAUCUAAGCAGUUUAUUGAAGUUGCCUUUACUCCAUCAAAAGCAACUGGCAAGGUUCUUGCUUCAGAGCUUCCAAAGCAAGGGAAUGAAAGAUGCAAUGUUUUGUAUCCUGCUUCUGCAAAAGCUAGUCAUGAUAUAGAGGAAGGUCUUUCUAAGCGUGGAUUCCACAUCACAAGAUUGAAUACUUACACAACAGAACCUGUACAACAUGUGGAUCAAACCAUUCUACAACAAGCACUCUCUGCUUCUGUAGUUGCAGUUGCAUCACCUUCUGCAGUUGGUGCUUGGGUGGAUCUUCUACCUGAACCACAGACAUGGGAGGGUUCUGUUGCAUGCAUUGGUGAAACCACUGCUUCAGCUGCUAGAAAAUUAGGCUUAACAAAUGUAUACCACCCAUCUACCCCUGGUCUUCAUGAUGGGUUGACACCAUUUUUGAUGCUUUACGUGUACAUAAUCGUCUCUCAAAUGUCUAAAACCAAGGUAAUUAUGCCAAAGAUGGAGGAAGUUUCCCCUGAAGGAAUGAUGAGAUCAUUUGCAAUGCUCUUUCUGGCUGGUAGCUUGGAACUAAAUGCCCUGCUCCUCUUACUGUGUACCAUGGUCUCCAAGCAGUCUCUACUGGAAGCUUCAACUUGUUCACCGAGUAUCUUGAAGAUGUUACUGGGACCCGUCCAUCUGUGUCACCACUGCCAAUUCAUCAUGGAUCACAUUUUUAGAGAAAGAAAAGAAAAGGUACGCGCAAAAUGCCCAUGAGGUAUUUCGGACAUGAAGAGCUUCUUGCACGUCUGCUCGAUUCAGAUAUGAGGAGACAUAAUCAUCAGAGCAAGGAUCAAAGCUCUUCACCUAAUUCAACGCAUUAUUUCUUUAAACAAAAGUACAUUGCAAUUUCCUGUAUUUGAAAAGAAUCGAAGACUUACAGAUCCAGUGGCAGGUUUCUGGAUACUUCCAUCACAGAAUGGGGCAUAGAUGUUGUAAAUAUCAAUCUCACCAUAUUCACUACCUGAUUGGCUUUGAUAAUGGAAACACUUUGCUGAGAAAUUCCCAGAACCAUAGCCACAAUACUCGUUGAUCCCUGCAUUUGUCUCAUCAGAGUUUAGAGCAUGUGUCCAAUAGUAAUCAUACAUCCCUUCAUCAGUUGCAAUGUCAUCUAUCACAGCAUUCCCAAUCUGCACAUUCACAAUACAAAACACCCAUUGGUUGUAUUCGUGCAUAAAAUUGUCCUGUUUUUGUCUGAUAGCUACUUACUGCAAUUCCACGAAGAUUAAUCAUUGUUCCGUUAGUUUUAGUUUUCUUGUUUUCUGAGAGAAUGACGGAAGCAAGCUGAGGUACAUAGUGACCUGCGUAGCUUUCACCCGUUAUAAAGAAAUCUCGGGUUUUGUAUUCCGGGAAUCUUUCAAGCCAGUUGAUGAGGAAAGUGUACGAGUCUUUCGCUGUUUGCUUGUCCCCUGUCGCGUACGAUGUGUUUGAAUACGAGAACCCCACUCCAGCAGGCGACUCCAAGAAUAGCACGUUAGCCACUGUCAAAUUUUCAGGAUUUAUUUUAGCCUUUUGCAUUAUGUUCAUUCAAACCCUACAUGUGAUUGAAUAUUCUUUCCACUUUGAUCAGUGAGACAAAUUUUGCUAAUUUUUUCCCACCUAAAAAGGUGGGAGAUGGACUUGGACUUUGUCUCAAUCUAUCAUAUAUGUAUAUAACACAUGAAUAUCCUCUUCAUCUGAAAUACUCCCUCCGUCCCAAUAUUAUUAUUCACAGACAAAAAACACACAUAUUAAGAAAAGCAUUAAUUACCACUAAUUUUAUUUAAUAAAAUGACAGUUUUGUCCUUACUUUGCAUUUAAUGUUCCAUUAAAUGCUUAGUUAGUUAAGUAAUAAUGAGGGGGUAUUUUGAUAAAAAUGUUAUUUAUUUUUAGAAGUGGACUAUUAUUUUGGGACAAACCAAAGAGGAAAGAUGGACUACAAUUUUGGGACGGAGGGAGUAGUUUUAGAAAGAAACUUUGUCCAGUGAAGGUUUUUUUUUUUUUUUUUUUUUGGUUACCGUUGUUCCAUGCAUAGUCGUUGCGAUAAAGUGUUUUUCCAUCACUGUUGACUCGGAAGGGUCCAAGUUCUUCCAUGGCUCCGUAUCCAAACGAUGAGCAUCCAGGUCCUGUGCGAAAAACAUCACUAUAACAUUUUUACCAUUAGUUUGAAACAAAAUAGAUUCACUAGCACUACCUCCAUUGAGCCAUAGAACAAGGGGUUUGGUUGAAGAGUUGUGAGGUGAUUCAGCAAAGUAAUAAAACAAUGCCUUUCCGGCCUUUGAAUCGAUUGUUACAUAGCCUGAAUAAUGAUCAAAAUCGACUUGUGGUUGACCUGGCAACUUGUCAAUCAUAUCUUCUUCCUUUGACCCUUGCUGAGGGACAAUAGAAAGUGGAGAUAUGUUUGAUGUGUCUUCUUCUGUCCAUGGCUGGACACGUGGCGGAUUCUCUGAUCUUCUCGACUCCAUCAAUUUGUUUAGGCUGGUGAUCUGGUUAUCCUUUCUUGCCACACAGAAACCCAGAAAAUAUAGUGAAAAAACUAACAACAAAAAAUAAGCUACGUGGUUCAUUUUAGUUGUAUAAUUGUAUAUAACAACUGGUUUCAUGCAUAUAUAUGUAAUUAUGUGGUCAGGUGUGUCUAUAUACUGUGAUAAGACAUGCUGAAGCCGGUUGGGUGGUGUUGUAACGUUAUUUCCUAAGCUCAUUGGCCUGCUCUUUGGAAUCUAUAUCUAUACUUAAAAUAUAAGGAUAAGUAAGGAUCAUAUUAUACAAGAAAUGGUAUUUGGUUGUAAACUCCCCCUUCACUACAUGAAGAUAAAUUAUGGGUUUCUAACUUGCUUAUAUAUUUUCUUCUAGGUUGUGAAGGGAAUGAAUAUUGAAGCCAUUAGACGACUUAAUAGUUAUUAUUGGUUUUGUUAUGAUUUGGGAAGUAUAUAUGUCAAACAGUGGCUUGAAAUAAUUUGACAAAAACGUAUAUCUAACAGAAGUAAGAGGGAUAAAUGGUAUGUUAAUGAAAUUAGCAUGUACAAAUGUAUGUUAAUUGGUUAAUCGAAGAAUGUUGCAUUGAUCAUA